AAAUAUAUUAAAAUAACACUAGAAAACAAUACGAGUUAAUGCAAUCUCGCAAAUACCAGUGAUUGCCCAUGACCUAGUUGACAGCUUCUAUUGAGUAGCGUGCUUUUUCUUUUAUUUUUGUCUUUGACUCAAAUUUUAGAAAUUAGAAGACCCUAGAAAAUAAGCAAUUCAUCAUGUCUUGAUCAUAUAAAUAGCUGCAGAAGCAAUAGCAAAGUCAAUCUUGUGACUCUUGUUUAAGCUACAAAGUAUGGCUGACAUCCAAGGCUACUUGUUGAUCUUCUAUAUUUGGCUAGCUUCUUGCAUAUUUCUCUGGUUUCUAUUCAGAAACAGAACGAAUUCUCGCCUUCCUCCAAGCCCGUUUGCUUUACCAAUCAUCGGUCACCUUCACCUUCUUGCUCCGAUUCCUCACCAGGCACUCUUCAAACUUUCAAACAGGUAUGGACCAUUGAUCCACAUAAUGCUUGGCUCUGUGCCUUAUGUUGUUGUUUCAUCACCUGAAAUGGCCAAAAAAUUCUUAAAAACUCAUGAAACAUCCUUUCUAAAUCGACCACAAACAGCUAUUGUAGACUACUUGACUUAUGGAUCCCAAGACUUCUUAUUUGCACCUUAUGGACCUUAUUGGAAAUUCAUGAAAAAAAUAAUCAUGUCUGAACUCCUUGGUGGUCGUACAUUAGACCUGCUUCUUCCUGUAAGACGCGAUGAAAUAAGAUGUUUCGUCGAGUUAUUGUUACAAAAGGCUAAAGCAGGGGAGACAAUAGAUGUAGAAGCUGAGCUUCUGAGGGUUACAAAUAAUGUAAUUUCAAGAAUGCUAAUGAGGGAAAGGUGUUCGGAAAAUGAAAAUGAAGCUGGGAGUGUAAAGAAACUGAUUCAAGAGAUAGCUGAACUCUCUGGGAAAUUUAACCUGUCGGAUUAUAUUUGGUUUUGUAAGAACUUAGAUUUACAAGGUUUUGGAAAGAGAGUCAAGGAUCUUCGCGCAAGGUUUGAUCAGAUGAUCGAGAGGAUCAUCAAGGAACACAACGAGGUAAGAAGGACGAGAUAUCAAAGCAACGAUGGAAGUGAAUUCGUGAAAGAUCUUCUUGAUAUUCUUCUCGAUAUAGCAGACGAUGAACACGCAGAGAUGAGACUGACAAGAGAGCACAUCAAGGCUUUCAUUCUGGACAUAUUUGCUGCUGGCACUGAUACCUCAGCACUCACAACAGAGUGGGCACUUGCAGAGCUGAUUAACCAUCCAAGCAUUAUGCAGAAAGCAGUAGAAGAAAUCGAUACUGUUAUUGGAAAGAACCGACUUAUUGAAGAAUUAGACAUCACAAACCUCCCCUAUCUUCAAGCCAUAGUUAAAGAAACUCUGAGACUACAUCCUACUACUCCGAUAAUUGGUAGAGAAUCAAGUCAAGAUUGUUCCAUUGGAGGCUAUCAUAUACCGGCAAAGACCGGACUAUUUGUCAAUGUUUGGGCUAUUAAUAGGGAUCCAAACUAUUGGGAAAAUCCACUUGAAUUUAAACCAGAAAGAUUUCUCAGUGAAGACGGGAACACAAGAGGUCAAUUGGAUGUCAGGGGCCAGCACUACCAGUUUCUUCCGUUUGGGAGCGGGCGAAGAAGUUGUCCUGGAACUUCAUUAGCAUUGCAAGUAGUUCAAACAAGCCUUGCUGUCAUGAUUCAGUGCUUUGAAUGGAAGGUUAGUGGUGGAGUGAAUGGUAAAGUGGACAUGGAAGAGGGAACUGGCUUCACUCUUCCUAGAGCUCAUCCUUUGAAUUGUAUUCCAGUGGCUAGGCUUAAUCCAUUUCCAUCAAUGUAAUAACAAGGAAAUACCCAGUUUAGAUUGUUGUUGGAAAUGUACAAUCUCCACCCAAUCUUUACUUCAUGUAAGUGACAUCUUGCAAGUGUACUCUAACUAUAAUAAUUUGGCGAGAGGAAGCAAAAGAUUUACUGAAAAAUAAUGAACUGAAUAUAUACACAAGAUAAUAAC